CAACAAAUUGCGUGAACAAAAUUUCUAACAAUUUUUCAUAUUUGAUUUUAACGCAUCAAUCUGAAGUUUUAUUCCAAAAAUCGAAAGAUGAGACUGAAAACUGCGCUGUUUUUUCUUUCCCUCCUGAAACUUUAUUAUUGCAAAGUUGAAAGUUGUUUUCAUCAACCAGGAAUCAAAAUUUGUCCCUGGAAGGUGCCAAAAUUUUCUUUGCCUAACCUACCCGGAUAUAUUUUGACAACCUCGGACAUAAACUUUUGCUUGAGCUUGUAUUCUAAAUAUCGCGCCAGUUUGGGAAUCUUCUGCGCCAGUGUUAGUUUGUGCGGUUUUGACGUUGAGUUGGAGUCAAAUUUUGAUUUGGCGAAAACAGAAGUUCCUGACCUGACCUGGGAUACUUGCCUAGUACUUGUCAGCCCUGAUAAACAUGAUUGCGAAGACAUCAGACAAAAACUGCAAAAGAAAAAACUGAUAGUCGAAACCGGACGAAUGUGUAACAUGACGGGAGAAAAGAUAUGCAACGAAGACUUUCUGCGAAAUUGCGAAAAUAUUGAAGGAGAUUUUACUUGUUCCGAAUGUAUCACCGGAGCAGAGGAGUACAUCUCAAUGGACGAGCGAAGCUGCAAAGAUAUGGACGAAUGCGCUUCUGAUGGAUGUGGUACGACGAGCGGAUCCGACUGUACCAACACACAUUUGUCUUUCUCGUGUGAGUGUCAACUCGGUUUCGAACAAGACAACAGAACAACUCAAUUUGCAUGCAAAGAUAUCGAUGAGUGUGUCCAAGAAACCUGUAGCAAAAUAGCAAGUUGCCAGAAUUCAGUCGGCUCAUAUCACUGCGAAUGUCCCCAAGGCUAUACCGAACAGAACGAUGAAUGUCAAGAUAUCGAUGAGUGUGACCAUGAAAUCUGUGGUGAAACAGCAACUUGCGAGAAUUCAGUCGGCUCAUAUCACUGCAAAUGUCCCCCAGGCUAUAUCGAAUAUAAUGAUGGAUGUCAAGAAAAUGCCAACUGGAACCUGAUCUAA